UAGCGCAGAUUGUGUACAGUUUUGUAGCUUAUGAGCGAUAGGGAUUCCACUAGUGAGGACAACCGGAUCUUGCGAUCGGCUAGACGCCCAAUUGCCCACGUGGCAUUAGGACCCGAGGGUGAUAGGUUGUUGUUCCGCCAACAAAGGGAGAGGCAGCAGCAGCAGCGAAGAGCUAGGGCAGCAGAGGCCAGCAGGGCAUUCGCAAGCGAAGCCGCAGCUUCAGCAGCCAUGGCAACUGCAGCGCAGCGGAGUUCCCAGGCUAGCAGUUCAGGGACCGUAGGGUCAACGAUCGCGCAGACCCUGAGUCAGUCCACUGGCGUCAUGGCAAGCCAGCCAUUAGUGAAUCAGUUGGCAGGUGAGGCCAACAUCAACAUGCACAACUUCCCCUCGUUCGGCAAGAAGGCCCUAGACCUGGAAGCAAAGACAGGGCAUGGUCAGACACCCACAACGGAUGGUAGGAGAAAGUCACUGCCUCCCAACUGGAAAGCGAAGGGACGCAUCAUGUUCGUCGACAACGAUGGUUCCACCAUCGAAUUGGACUACGACUUCCAGUCGAAAGUGGGUUCAGAGGCCAGCAGCGUAGAAGCUUCAACGGAUGGAGUAGUCGUUGUCGUAGCUCAAAAAGUGAUCUCCGAUGCAUUGAAGCGCUGGAUCGAAGUUAUUGAACAGUAUGACUUCGAACCGCAGUAUCUCAAAGGAGAGUACAACAAAGUUGUUGAUGCCUUAUCGCGCAGGCCCAAUUUCUCUGGUGCGCUGAUUACUGAGUUCGGGCUCGAGGAUGAUGUCACUCGCUCUUUGGUGGAAGCCUAUCACAAGGACCAGUUCAUGUCUGAGAUCAUACGCAGCCUCGAGGCGAAGGACAAGGUGACUUCUGUCGAGUUUGAGUUGAUCAACGGACUGCUGUUUCUUGAGAAGGUAGGGAAUAAACGUUUGUUUGUGCCAGAUAGAGAGUCUUUGCGUAGUUUGUUUCUAGGAGAGUGUCAUGAUGCCACCGAACAUUUUGGUUAUAAAAAGACAGCAGCCAAUUUGUUGCAGAGGUUCUGGUUGCCCACAAUGAUGAAAGACGCGAAGCUGUACGUGGAAACUUGUCAGGGAACGCAGCUGCCGAUGACAUCAGAAAACCAUCCCGAGGCGAAUGGGCAAGCAGAACAGAUGAACCGAGUUGUACAACACCUGCUCAAGCAUUACAUCAAGCCAAAUCAGGUAGACUGGGAUGAGAAACUUGCUCUCAUCGCCAGCCUGUACAACAACGUGGUGCACAACGCAACGGGCGUGAGUCCGAACAGUCUGCUAUUGACCUUCAAGCCUAGACUGCCAUUGGAUUUCUUAUUACCUGAGAACCAGCCCUCUGUUGCACCACAAACCUUAGAGUUUGCUUAUCGAUAUGAGCGAUUGAUGCACCAGGUUGUCAAACAGAUGCACAAGGCACAGGCGGCGAUGAUAGAGUCUGAGAACAAACACCGCCGCCCGUCCACAUUUCAAGUAGGAGAGAGAGUUUGGGUUAAGUCCUCAGAACUGGGACAGGAGCACGGGAUCUCCUGCAAGCUCAUGCCGCAGUACUUUGGACCAUGGGAAAUCCUAGAUGUUGUUGGGGAUGAACCGGAUGGGCCGUCAUAUGUUAUUCGCAUCCCUGGUCACUUACGUACUUACCCUGUUUUUCACGCCUCUAAGCUUGCACCGUCCAGAGAAACUGAUCAGUUUCCCUCUUGUCGCUCUAUGCUGCCCCCUGACAUCGUUGAUCACAAGGAGAUGCCAGUUCCAAGACUGACAGGCAGGGGACGCCCUCCGAAACCGAAGCUGCAAUACAGGGUUCGGCCCAGACAUCAUACUGAUCCAAAGGAGGACCGAUGGUUUACCAGGGAGGAACUGAUGCAAACCGCUCCUCAGGUUGUGGCCCAAUAUGAAAAGUCUCUGCAGAAGGGAAAGCGCCAGAGUAUCGAAGACUGAACUUCUCAGAGGACUAGCGAAGUAUGGAGGAGGGAAUGUGAGGCACAAGGCCUCACUAAGCCCUACCGGGCCCCUAUUUGCAACAAGUCGGCCGCCCUAAGUGAAGGCAGGCUCGACAGACGACAGGAGGCCUAUUCUGGACUACUUCGCAACUGGGGUAAAAAUUCAGGCAGUUGCGCAGCGCCAGUUGGUUGAAGGCGACCAGGCCCUGGCCUCCUUUAACAAAUGUAUCUAAGUCAG